AUGGAUGAUGUCAUGGUUGUCAUCAACUCUAAACAAGCUAUUCACACCUUAAUUCUAUAUUUAUCAUUUUGCUUUCGAUUAAAAGAUCUUGGUGAACUAAAAUUCUUUAUUGGUCUUGAAAUUUCUAGAAAUGCUAAAGGUCUUUUUCAAUCUCAAAGAGGAUAUGCCAUACAAAUAUUAGAUGAAACUGGGAACAUUGACCAAAGCACUGCAUCUACUCCCAUGGAAGCUAACUUGAAGGUGUCAAAUGAGGAUGGGGUCCUCCUUGAAGAUUGUACUUCAUAUUGCAGACUCGUUGGGAAACUCUUGUAUCUUAUCAUCACUCAGCCCGACCCCUCAUUUGCCAUAAAUCACCUUAGUCAAUUACUCUUAGCCCCUCAGAAGCCUUAUCUCCUUCCUGCUCAAUGA